AUGCGUGGAAUACUAGAAAGAAAACACCUUAAUAUUACAUUAAAUAGAAAGACAGAAAGAAGUAAAAUAUACACAAAUUGCACCGUACACUGCAUGCUAAUUCUUAUAACGUUUCUACUACAUAUUUUAUGUGAAGAGAAAUCUUGGAUAGAAGAAGUUCAAGAUUUUAGAGACUAUGAGAUAGAUAGCUAUGCUGGCGGGAGGGUGAAAAUAAAUCCAGAUGGACUGCUAAACCCAGUGAGGUCCUAUAUACACAAUAUGUGCAUACACUUUGGAAGAAAAAGAACACUAUCAACUGAAUUGGCUUUAGAAACCGACCCGAACGAUGGUAUGAAUAUAUGGAAAAGGGUAGUGUAUAGUAUUUUAAAAAAAAGAAAAAAGCUAAGAUAUAUUGUGCGUACGAAUUUACCAUACACUGGGGAUUUGUUAGAGUAUAUGCAAGAUUAUAAUAACGUGCUUCUCCAGGCAUUUUAUUUAGAUAGUGAAUACAUAUCAGUACAAACUAAAAAUACCAAUUCAAUUUAUAUGCUUCUUAAAAACAAUAUGCACGACGGCACAGAUCUUAAGAUUCUUGGUUCUCUGCUGCUCCUAUCAGAGGGGCUUGAUGUUCCUUUAGUAUUUUUUAAAGAUAAUAUAGAUGGAGCUUUUCUUGUUUUAAAAAAAGUAAAAGAAAACGCCAAGGACAAUCAUUUUCAAAUUAAAGUAAAUAUCCUGGAUGGGACUGAUACAAACAAAAAAACAACUCCCGCCAAGGACAUUUCAUUGGAGCAAACCCAGAUGUUUACUAUAAUCAACUUCUUUAUCAAACACAGGGCGAAUCCUGUUAUAGAACAAUUUGGGUUUGUAGAACCAACAUCAUAUGAUGAAUACAUAACAGGAGAAUUUAUGAACUCACCAGGAUUUCUUAUUCAAUUCUAUUUAUACAACUAUAUACGCACGCUAGAUAAAAAAAAAGAGUUUAUUAAAACAGUCCACGAUCUAUUGUGUGAAUAUCUGCCAGAUAAGGAAAAUCAGGAAAUGACAAGCCCAGAAAAGACCGCACAAAAAGUAUUUAACAAGUUCUUUGUGCGUUUGGAUAAAGCAGAAGAAGGGGAAAGCGGUAUAACCCGAAGUUUGGCUGCAGAUAAUAGAUGGGAUGAAAUUGAAAAUAUGUAUUCAAUAUUAAUAGGGAUACGCUUAAUUAAAAGUAGCGAAACCGUGGAUGAGUUAGAAAAGAAAAAUAUUUAUGCAAAAAAAAGUGCAUUCUUUUUGAAAGAAGACUCUUCUUUUAUAUAUAUACUUCUUAAGGAUUUUAUUUCGUGGGUUUUUAAAAUACUUUUAGAUAAAGGCGACGAAUCCCCUACAGAUAGUCUAAUUAAAGAUAGAUUUUCUGUUAAUAGCAAAGAGUACAAGUCUAUAAUAGGCAUUGUUGGGUAUGAACAGAUUCGAGCACUAAACAGUCGUAGUGAUUUAAUUAUAUCUCUACUAGUGCGCGCAAUGCACUUAAAUGUUGACAAAAAUCACUCUCUGGUGCGCAUAAUUAACAAUAUAGUUCAAGUUGGUAUGAUAUCCCCCAAAAAAACAUUAUCUGUCGAACUGGUUGCAUUGCAUAUUGUCCACCAUGCUACAGACUACUUUCCAGAUAUAAAGCGGGUUGACAAGGUUAUUUCUGGAUCUAAUAAAAAAGAAAGAAUACACAUAGGGAAAAUAGCAGAUAUGUUCGUAUAUUUAGCAAAAUCGAAUGCACUGCAUGCCCUAUCCCGCCUUAUAAUAUCCUACAUGCAUGUAAGAAGAAAAACAAAAAUAUUGCUUCUUUCCACUUUAAUAACACGACACACAACAGCAGAAGAGAGACAGAGUUUACUAUGUUGUUUAACCCAAAACGGCAGAACUCUUCAAUAUAUUAAACAUAUUGUAAAUAUUGCACAGAAGGAAAAAAAUACUGCAGGUGCUAGUCUACAGGCACUGGAUGUAAAGGAGAUUCUUCUAGUUCUCUUGGACAUAGCUAUCCUAAAUAACCAGAUUCAUGAAAGGAUUAUACCAGAACUUAUUGAAAUGUAUACCAAAAGUGCGAUAUUAAAAUCAACUGAGACUAUUAAUAAAGAAAGCGAAAGUUCUAGUGUGGAUUUUUUAGAGGAUACAAUAUGCGCGCUAUCUAAAAUACAAGAAAACGGGGUUAAAAAUAAAGAUUGGAAGGAGAUGGUUAAUUUUCUAAGUAGCGAGUGCAAAAAAAGAAAAGAGAAUAUGUCUCGCUCUUUACCAUAUAUGAUGAUAUGACACUACUACUGGCGCGAAGAUUCUUCAAAACAAAGGCCGGGUUGUAGAGCAGCAAAUUAGGCUUUAAAUAUUUAAGCAGCGCGCUUUUUGGCAAACUGAAAAGGACUCAUAGAAGAACUGAAAAGACACUUUAACUAAAUAACAAGCACAGCAAGCGCUCUGCCGAGACUUUGUGAUCACGCACGUCUAGACAAUCUAAUAGUCAUAAUAAAUAGCACUUUUCAGAAAUACUCUAUCUAUUUCUGGCUAUAAUAACUAGGAGGCAAUAUCGCAUUCUCCUAAGAACAUCGAAAUAUUAAUAAACUG